UUGUUUAUUAACUUUUAGGACCCUUCCAAGUCUUACAAGAAAGCUGGAGAAGUUGCCCCAGUUGAGUUACACGUGGAAGAAGGUAUCGAAGUAGAAACAACCCCUUUAUCUAAGAAAGUUUCCCCAUUGCAUUCUGAAAUGACAGAUUAUAUCAAAUCAUCUCCUCCGACCCUGAUCAGUAGCCAUAACUCUGAUUUAAAGGAUAGAACAGAAAUUAACGGAGCAACAACCGUCACAGAAAAAUUGGCUCAGCUUAUUGCAACUUGUCCUCCUUCCAAGUCUUCCAAAACCAAGCAGAAGAAGCCUGGGAGUGGAAAUGGAGCUCCAUCUGGUUUGGUGAAAGACUCUGGGAAGAAGCUGCCGGGAGCUGUGAGUGCCAGUGGGUUGGUUGGCAGAGAUUUGGUGAAGAAGCUGCCGGGCUCUGGCAUUGCUGUUGGCUUGGUGAACAAGGACUCAGGGAAGAAGCCAUUGGGGAUUGGCAGCGCUGCCAUAUUGGUGAACAAAGACUCUGGCAAGAAGCCCCAAGCAAUCAGCCCCUUGAUUGGAUUGGUUAACAAAGACUCUGGGAAGAGGCCCCCAGGGAUCAGCACUCCAACAGGGUUAGUCCACAAGGAUGCAGGAAAGAAGCAGCCUGUGAGCAGCAGCUCUGCAGUUGGGUUGGUCAGCAAAGAUGUGGGCAGGAAACUUGCAGGGAUCAGCACUCCAAGUGCCCUGCCCAGCAAGGAGCCUCUCAAGAAGCCAGUAGGGAUCAGCACUCCAGCAGGGUUGGUGAACAAGGAUGCCGGCAAGAAGUUGUUGGGAAUAAAUAAUCCCGCAGGUCUGCUUAGCAAGGAUUGUGGAAGGAAGGUGCCAGGCCCUGGGAACAGCACAGCCCUGGUUAACAAAGACUCUGGGAGGAAGACCCCGGGGAUUGGCAGCCCCAUGGGACUGGUGAGCAAGGAGCCUGGGAGGAAGGUGCCAGGAAUGAGCAGUGCUGUGGGAUUGGUGAGCAAGGAGUGUGGGAAGAAGCCAGCAGGGAUUGGCAGCCCAGCUGGUUUGGCUACCAAGGACUCUGCGAGUCUGAAAGCAGAUUCCCUCGUGCCCUCCUCAGAGCCCUUUAAGCUUCCUUGCAAUUCAAACCUCAGCAGCCUUGAAAGCCACGAGCCUGCGGAUUUACUGAAGGAAAACACAACCAGCAAAACCUUUGAGAAGCACAUUAUGAGACAGAGCAAAGAAAGCAUCUUGGACAAGUUUUCAAUUCGGAAAGAAAUUGCUGACGUAGGCAAGGAGAUGUUCAGUGAAGGAAUGUGUGUUCCACAGGAUGCCUACUCAUCCAGUGAGAAAGGGAUUUAUGAAACAUCAAAGCACGAGAAGCAGCCUCCGGUUUAUUGCACUUCGCCAGACUUCAGGACAGGAGGUGCCUCGGAGGUGUCGACGGCCAAGUCCCCGUUCAGCGCGGUGGGAGAGGGGAAUCUCCCAUCUCCUUCCCCCACCGUGUCCGUGCCCACCCUCAGCAGGAACCUCUCCACAGCCUCCUCCCAGCUGGCCUCCAGCUCAUUGCACUUGAGCUCCACGGCAGAGCUCCUGGAAGGCAUUUCAGACCCCAUGGGCAAAACGCCCUUCUCCUCAGACAGCUCCCUGCUGGGCCUGAACAGGACACUGAACCACACCCUCAGCACUGAUUUUAAAGGUGCUGAGAAGGAUUUAAGUGAUUCAAAAGCGUCUUACGUGGAAACUUCGAGAACAAGUCCUCCCACAGGGAAGAAGCCCAUUUUGGCAGCUGAGACAAGCAUCCACGCUGCUGUCACCCCUUCGGUUGUUAGUUUUACCAGCUUGUUUGGGAGCAAGCAGUUCCUCAAGAUCGGUGCAAUAGCUGCAUCUGAGAAAUCCUGCCAAGGAGCAAAAAACCUGAGCAGCACUCAGCAAUCAAAGCCUUUAAAGAAAAGGAAAGGGAGGAAGCCACGAUGGACUAAGGUGGUGUCGAGGAGCGCGUGCCGACCUCCGAAGGGUCUGGAGCUGGAAAGGUCCGAGCUUUUUAAAAACAUUUCAUACAGUGCACUAUCGAGCAGUAAUUUGGAGCAGGCCAAAUUCCUGAAAAACAUCGGAUCAUCCUCGUUUGUGGAGCAUGAAUUUGUCAAACAUCAGUUGCCAAAGCUGAACGAAGCUAAUGGACAGUCCCUGGCACUGCUGGCUGAGACUGACAAACAAACUCCAAAGUUCUACAGCUCUCACAAACAGCCCUCCAGCCUGUGUAUGUCGGAUGAUUUCUUACCUGACAUUUACAAACCCAAGAGAGGAAGACCCAAAUCCAAGGAAAUGCCAGAACUCGAAGGUCCCCCCAAAAGAACUCUUAAGAUCCCAGCAUCAAAAGUCUUCUCAGUGCAGUCAAAAGAAGAGCAAGAACCUCCGAUUUUGCAGCCUGAAGUUGAAAUUCCCUCGCUAAAACAAAGCUUAUCAGGACAAGCUUUUCCUAAAAAGAGGGGGAGACCUAAAAGGCAGAUCCGGUCAUCAAUAAAAAUGAAACCGCCUAUUCUGUCUGUGGCUCCUUUUGUUGGAACAGAGAACUCGAGCAAGAUGGGGCCUGAAAGUGAACAGCACCGACCCGGGGAGUUCUUUGAGAGGAAGGAGCAGCUCCGAGGGCCAGAGGAAGUCCAAAGCCCCAGUAUUUGUAGCAUGAGUGAUUUGGAAGUAGACUCAGACAGAAAAGUUGCCAAGAGAAAUAAUGGCCAGUUAAUGAAAACAAUUAUUCGAAAAAUAAAUAAAAUGAAAACUCUGAAGCGAAAGAAACUCCUGAAUCAGAUUCUGUCCAGUACAGUGGAACCAAAUACCAAAGGGAAGAUGCAAUCCAAGCUCCACAACACCGUGUCAACUCUUGCUGCCACCUUCGGUUCAAAACUAGGCCAGCAAAUCAACGUCAGCAAGAAAGGAACGAUUUACAUAGGAAAAAGGAGAGGGAGGAAACCUAAAGCCGUCCUGAACGGCCUUUUAGCCAGCAGCGCCGCCAGUCUGACCGUUCUGGAGAAAUCUGCCCAGCAAGCUCCUGGCUCGUCCCUGGGACAGGUCCUGCCCCACCUGCUGCCCUCGGCAGCCCACAACUGGAGCAGUGGCAGCACCUCGGACCGCGCCGAGAAGUUGUGCGGGCAGAAGAAGAAGAGGCACUCGUUCGACCACGUGUCCCUCAUGCCCAGCGAGACGUCCGCCGUGCUCGGCAGCCUGAAGGAGAAGCACAAGCACAAGUGCAAGCGCCGCAGCCACGAUUACCUCAGCUACGACAAGAUGAAGAGGCAGAAGAGAAAAAGGAAAAAGAAGUACCCUCAGCUGCGAGGGAGGCAGGACCCCGAUUUCCUCGCUGACACCGGGUUCUACCCCUCCUAUGGCAUGCCUUACUCGCCCUCUCCCCUGGCAGCUGCUCCCAUAGGAUUAGGUUAUUAUGGAAGGUACCCUCCAACCCUUUACCCUCCUCCACCCUCUCCUUCCUUCACCACCCCCCUACCCCCACCUUCCUACAUGCAUACAGGCCACCUGCUCCUCAACCCCACCAAAUACCACAAGAAGAAGCAUAAACUCUUGCGCCAGGAAGCUUUCCUCACCACGAGCAGGACGCCCCUGCUGUCCAUGAGCACGUACCCCAGCGUCCCCCCCGAGAUGGCCUACGGCUGGAUGCUGGAGCACAAGCACAGGCACCGCCACAAGCACCGGGAGCACCGCUCCUCCGAGCAGCCCCAGGUCUCCAUGGACACCAUCACGGCCAACAGCUCCUCCAGAACGGUGCUGGAGUCCUUGAAGCGCUACAGGUUUGGCAAGGAGGCUGUUGGAGAUAGGGUUUGCUAA